GAAGGAGAUUUUGGGGCUAGAGUUUGAUCCUAAGAUGCAUAUGUCUGCUGUAAUUACUCAUCAGAGAUUAUCUGACAUCUUUCCAUAUUCUCCAUUUUUUCUUUUAAAUCAAAAUAUUUCUUUUUUCCUUUCUUUCCACGUUAGGAAUACCAGCUAUUGUAAUUAUUCUUGUGCUCAUUAUAAACAAAGACUUCUAUGGCAAUGGGUCGCACUCUGAGAACAAUCCUUACAGCAAUUUCUGCUGGAUUCAGGACAGCGGAGUGUUCUACAUCUCUGUUGUGGCCUAUUUCUUCUUAAUAUUUUUGACAAAUACAGCCAUGUUCAUCACUGUUCUCCUCCAAAUCCACUCUCUGAAGACAAGGAAACAAAAGAGAUCCAGAUUCUGGAAACGGAGUGUUCUCCAAGACCUCAAAAGUGCUUUCAGCUUGAUGUUCCUUUUGGGUUUAACUUGGGGCUUUGCCUUUUUUGCCUGGGGAGAAGUGAGGAUAUUUUUCUUGUAUCUCUUCAGCAUUUUUAACACCUUACAAGGGUUCUUUAUCUUUGUGUUUCACUGCCUGAUGAAGGACGAGGUAGUGAAGCAGUGCCGAGUACACUUCUGCUGGGGAAGAUUCCGUCUGAGUAACUAUUCUGACUGGAGUGGGUCAGGUGCAACUGCAGGAUCUACACCAAAGCAUUUAAACCACAAAUCACCAUCCCAGGCUUUGCAGAGUCUAAAUUCUAAUGGAACAAGUUCAACUUCCAAUGGUUCAGAUUUCCUUCCCAGGUCUUCUCCAGAUAGGAAUUUUAAGAUUGCUGAAGUCCAUUACAACCCCAGUGCUGUAUCUCCAGAAGAUGGUGAGACCAAACAUCCUUGUUCACAAAGAACACUAACCAUGGAUACAGGACUGCACUAUCCACAGAAAGCAGGAUUUUUACACUGAUACUGAAUUUAUUUUCUUCUGAUUAUCCAGUGAUGGUUCUCCUCUGUGUAUGAAAACAAGCAUUGUUCAAAUAAUUACUUCUAAUGUACAGUUAUCACUCUGGACACAAUUAUCCCAUGACUCAACUCUAGGCUUCAGUGGAAUUUCAAUCCUGACCACACAAGGAUUUGCUGCCCCCAUGUUUCCAAGAUUAGUCCUCAUGUUAAACAGAGACUGGAAACAUUCUCUCCCUCAUCAUUAGUCCCUCUCAUAGUUCAUCCUUUUUUUACCUUUUACACCCUCCUGCCAUUUCUCUGUUUUCUUCUUCAUCUGAUACUUAUUGUCAGAGCCUAACACACAUAAAUACUGAGUUUCAAGUGAUAUUUUUUAGCCUGCUGGUUGACUGUCUCAGGCAUGGACAUAUCUUUCCUUACUUUUUCUGAAAUGGAGUUUGACCAACUUGGACAUCAAGAAGUUGGACUCAGCCUCCAAGAUGAAUGUUUUAAUUUUCAGAU